ACUACUGUAGUAGUGUAUAAUACAUUUUUUCUUGUAAAUAUAUAUAUUUCAGGUUUUUUGUUCUUGUUCUAUAUAUUGAUUCCCGAAAAUACCUGAUUUUUCUCCUACGUUAUAUCAAAAUUUAGGAAUAAAUCAGUUUCGAAGUUUGGAACCAAUCAUGAGAUCCUAAUGGCCUAAUUUAACCUUAAAAUUCAUUGAUGAAAAUAAGAGUUGAAAAAUUCUUUAUAUAGUGGAUGAUAAAAAAAUGAUAUUGUAAUAAUUUGGAGAACAAAAAACGUUACAACAUGACGAUAUUCAGGUUGCAAAAAAGUGUACGUUUGAUAAAUCCGAAACAAUUAUUUUCAACUGCUACUGUAGAAUCAGAAUACACUGCAACGCCAGAGUAUCCCCCAAUAUUAGAUCUUUCCAAGAAGGAAGCAAGCAAACGAGGAAGACUUGCAAGAGAUGAGAUUAUUAAAGAAGUUAAAACGGUGGAGGAAAAACAAAUUAAGCUGAAUAUGCACAAAUAUUGGGGAUUCAGAAUGUAUAUGAUGCUAGAAAAUCAUAUACCUUACAAUAAUCUACCCUUAGCCCAACACGUUACUAGAACACAUCUGAUUGUCAACAAUGACUUUCCUAAAUACUAUGAGAAUAUUGGUGUUAACAGUUCGAUUUCGAAAAGUUUGAAGGACGAAUUGACAGAAGCUCUUCUUUUAGAAGUUGAUGGAUAUAGAAAGUCUUAUGAUUUAAAGAAAAAGGAUUUAAAACCUGAUGAAGUUGAUAAUCUAAUUGGCUCUUGUUUAGUUCGACAGUUGAAUAGAGUAAUAACCAACAACCUAUGUAGAUCAUACAGUCAUUUGAAAGAUAUUCAGAUAGAUAUUGAUCCUAGAAUAGAGGCAUCAUGGUCCUGUGGUGGUAUGAAUGUUCCAAAAUUAUUAAAGGAUAGGCAGAAGCCUAUCAAAGAAUCUGGAGAUUCAACUGAAGAGGAUGCAGCAAAUCGAAUAAUGACAUAUAUUGGAAAUCCAUACCUAACCUUGAGAUCAAAGGAACCUUUACCUUUUGUUAUUUCAGAACAGGAAGCUUCAGAUCCAGCUCUAGAAGUACCAUUUUGGAAAUAUGACCCAAGAGUAGUGUCAUUAGCUAUUGAUUAUAGAAGAGUUGUUAAUAUACCAGGCUUCUGGCCUGGUGAUAAACAUCAGUUUGGUAUACUUCAAUACUUGAAAAGAGGUCAUCACUUAAAUAGGACUUUUGGAGAUGCAGAAGAUGAUGCGGAAGCACUCCAUCGACAAGGUAUUUUAGGUUCCUUUGGUUGGCUGAGUGCUCAAGCAAGUCAUUUGGGAUUCAGUACUUUCAAUGAUAUAACAUAUCCUAUGGUUGCACAAACCAUAAUCACAAAUGGAAAAUACUUCUCAUUUUAUACCUACCAGAUGAAUACUAUGUUACUGUAUUCAGAAAAUAUAACAGAAAACCCUAAAAGGAAUGUAUGCUGGGCAACUCCAGAGCUGAAACUUUAUGAAAACAUUACAGAUGGAAAACUGGAAGGUUUUAACGAGGACAUACUUUCUAAAUUAGUUAAAUUCUAUGCAAAUACUCCAUGUCAACGUUUGGGAAUAAACCUAACACCAUAUUUGAGUCAAAAAGAGAAAGUUGCUGCUGAUUAUGAAGAUGUAGACAAGAGAAAGUGGCUUGAAAAAGAAUAUAAGUUCAUUACUUCUAACAGACCAAGACACCAGUUGUUGGAUGAAAUUUAUGCAUGGGAAAGGAUUUAUAAAGUUAUUCAUAAAACUAGGCCUAUGGAUAAAAGAGUAAGACCUUUUGAGCUUAGACAAAAACCAACAGAUAGAAGGUAUGAUGAAAGAAAACCUGAGUACAUCCCAAGAAAGUUGAGGCCAGACCUACCUAAACGUCUAGGAAGAAAUGCAAAGGAAUAUUUCCCUUAAGGCAUUUUUAAAUAAAUUAUUUUGAAGUGA